UCUCAUAAAUGUCUUUCUAUGGCAAAUAAACAUCUAUUGAAUUCUUGUCGCCAAAUCAAAUACUUAUUUUUGUUAUCAUCUUUUCUAAUAAAGGAAAAUCACCGAUUCCGCCGGUAACACAGACGCCGCGACGGAGUUCACUGGCCACUCCAGGAUCCCCUUAAUGAAUAUAAUUGCGCAAGUCGAUAUUCAUGCACAGUACUGUUCCUAUUUACAUUUAGUAAAUUUAAUAAAUUUACAUUUAGUAAAACCACAAUAACUUGAAUAUCUUGAAUUCUCACUUAAAUGUACAUUUUAAAUCCUUCACUUUAAGUGUAAGAUAAAAUUAAUUGCGAGUAACAGUUUGAUGGUUGUCCACUUUACCAGUACUUUACCAGUAAUUCCAUAGAUGUACGUAUAUAAAAUCGAUGAACCGCUGCUCCGUACAACGCACAUGCGAACGUCACGACUGCACACAACGGACUGAAACGCCAAGAACUACUGGGAAAAGGGAACUGCGCUUGCGCGUACUUCCUUCUCCGGCAUCACUUUACGAAUAUUUUUCCGUGGGAACUAAAUGCAUGUUGAGAGUUUUCUUCUUUCCGCGUGAGAUAAAUUUCAUAAUCAUUGAGCAUUUUUUUCAAAGUGCGGAGACAGUAAAUUGUCAUCAGACAGCUUUUACAAUUGCAUAGUAGCACAUCAUGCACCAUCUUACGAUACGUUUAUGCCAAUUUAAACAAAUUAAACAAUUUACUUGAAAAUUACAUACGCAAGGCGAGAGGAAAGUCGCAAAAAAAACCUUUUGUGCUGUCCCCACCACCCACUCUACCAAUGGAGGGAUCGCUAUAUAUUUUCAUUUCGCAGUCAAAUGCGAAGCUUCAAUGACCGUCAAUGAUGGUCUGUAUUAAGAAGCGGUUCUUCAACCUCAAUCGGCUACUUCUGAUCGCUUUCGGCUUAUGGCCUGAUGAGGAAACGAUAUUCACCCGUUUUCAGGCAACAUUGCUUUGUAGUCUUUUGAUAAGCAGCAUUGUAUUUCAGCUCUCAAGGCUUUUCAUUGCAGAAUGUAGUUUCGAUUUUAUUGUCAGAAUAGUCUCUUCCACGACAAUUUAUAUUAUGAUCACGGGUCCGCCCGUCUCAUAUUGGAUUCACAUGAAAACUAUGAAAUGUAUACUCAAUCAAUUGCAAUACAUCUACGACCGGCUAAAGGAUAGAAACGAAAUUGCUAUCUAUGACAAAUAUGGAUACAUUGGAAAACAUAUUACUACUAUAGUAAUAAUACUUCUUGUAUGCUGCCUGUUUGGCAAUUCCGUUAUAGUAUACUGGCCGUACAUUCUUGACAUCAUUAUACCGAGAAAUGAGUCCUAUGCAAUUCACAUGAUGCAAUUUGUGACCACGUAUUUCAAUGUCUCAGAGAAAUAUUAUUUUUUAAUUGUUGUGCAUUUGAAUGCAGCCAGUACUAUAGGGUUAAUUGUAUGUGUAGGGACGGGAACAAUGUUGUUUUCGUAUUUGCAGCAUAUCUGCGUUAUCGUAUUGAACAAGCAAUGGCGCCCGAGUUGUUACAUAACUUUGAUAUAAAGAAUAAAAUUAUAAUAUGGAGAGAGAUGAUAUGUGCCAUAGAUAUACAACGCCAAGCUAUGCAGUUAGUAUUUAGGUGCGCUAAAUGCUUCGAAACUAGUCUUGAAGGAACAACUUUCAUUUUGGUAAUAACUACUGUGCUUUGCGUGAGUUGCAAUCUUUCUC